ACUUUUAUAUUAUUAAUUCACUCUCUGUCAAGUAUUUUUUUUUUUUUUUUGCAAAAUGAAGCGUCAUAAUGCCCGCAAAGCUCUUGUCAGCAAUGCCUUGGCGGCCGCCGCUGCUGAAGCUGUCGCCACACCCAGCACUCUCGAUGGGGCCGUCCUCUAUGUGGAUGUGGUCAAAAAUAUGCCCAAGCCAGAUCCAGUGCCGCAGUCGCCGCCUCCACCUCCUGAGUUUAGCAUAUUUCAUGAGGAUUUUCCCGCUCUACCGGGCGCACGUGCUGGUCGCAACUCUCGCCCAAGUACCAGUCCUGUGGUUCCCGAUGAUUGGACGGCCAUGCUCAGCGACAAUGACGAAACUGGCGAGGAGGAGGAGGAGGAGGGCGUCGGGGGGCCAAUGCAAUCGCUGGCCAGCGAUACAUCGCCGGGUGCCAGUGGAGAAGAUGAAGACGAUCCUGAGUCGGGGCAUUCGCCAGCUGCCACCCACAGCAGUGAGAGCUGUGCGAGUGGAAGCGGCUGUGUCAGUGACAGUAGCAGCAAUCACGAGCUUUGCUCCUCCACCUGUGAGUGCCAGUCCGUGUGCGAGAACAAGUUAGCCAACGAAGAGGUGCCUGAUCUGAAUAACGACGACGACAACGGGAGCAUUCAGAAUGAAAGCAAGAGCGGCUCCAGCAACUCGGCUUCGAGCAACUCGGUGGUGAGCUACUAUCGCAACAUCGAGUUCCUACCACAACUGUACGAAUAUCUGACCAUGCAUGGACGCCUUGGCUCCAGCUAUAUCUUCGAUCUGGAGUUUCUGAGUGCAGGCCAACGCGCCCGAUCCGAAAGCAGAUCCAUAAUGACGAAAUUAGUGGGUCUGCAGGCGCCAACUACUACUGGAACAAUACCGCCACCGGGCCUGGGGUUCUUUCCGCGCAUGCGCUCCAAUUCGACGGGCAUGCCGCUCGGUGGCGUUAGCUUUAAUACGGUAGAACCUGGUGAUGGGGAUGAUUGGGUGAAGUUCGAUACCAAAGUCAUGCCAGGCAACGUCUUCGGAUUGCGUGGCCUGGCCGAGAGCCUGGGAACGGCGCAACGAAGCCCGCUCUUCAUGUCUGGUGUCUACGGAUAUGAUGCCCUGCGGCUGAAUGUGGACUUGUUAUCUGAUGGCGGUGAGAUGCAUCCAGCCUUCGGCGGCUCCUUACAUGGUGGUCGCCGCAAUCCGUAUGAAGUGCCGUACGAUGUGCCGGCUGAUUAUCAUAUUUCGGGCUUACUGGGACUACCGCAGCCCAAGAUUGAUCAAAUGCAGGUGGAGCUUUUGUUUUACUUCUUCUAUACAUUCCCCUGUGACGUGAUGCAACUGCUGGCUGCCGCCGAAUUGGCGGAACGUGGCUGGCGAUUCCACAAAUACGAGCGCCUGUGGGUCAGACGGCAGUCCGACAAUCCCAAUUAUUUUUUUCGCGGCGCCAUAGAGGUGGGGGAAUACAACUACUUCAACAUGGUGCAAUGGAAGAUACUGCCACGCCAUUUUGAACUAGAUCCCGAUCAUAUAGAGAAGACAUACCUGAAGGAAGAGAUACAGGAAAAGUAUGGCUUCCACCCACAGAUGAGCUAUUAAAUGGUGUGCAGAGCAGAUCACGUGAGGCUUGGCGGCUGAGGCGAUCUCUAAAGUACAACGAGAAUACGGUCAGAACUUGUGAUAAUAUCUCAGAUACCCGUACGUGUAAAGCAGCAGAAUAAAAAUACCGGCAUUACAUAUUUCUCAAUAAUAUCUGUAUUAUGACGGAAUUUCUUGAUAUGGGCAGAGUUUCUAACAAAGAAAUCGAUGAAACCGAUUAUUACCUGCUUACUACACAAUACAUACAUAUUUUAAAUACAAA